AUGGAUCACAGUGCUGAUGACGUGUUGGCAGGAGCUACAGUAUCCGUGAUCGUUUCCAUCGGCUUCAUUCUCAUAGUUACCGUACUCAUCGGCUGCUACCGUAUUCCAGCAAUGCGGGGAUCUUUUGGAAUUUUGACUGCGAAUCAGAAUUUCUCUCAACUCAUCGCUUUAAAUUGUCGUCUCUCCUACACCCACUUCGGUUGGUUAUUCACAUCCGACCUAACAAUUGAAACCUGCGGAUCAAAGUACCGUACCUUCCUUCUCUCCUCUCAAUCUGCCCUCUCCUUUAUGAUACUGGCAGCUGACGUGACAACUAUUAUACUUUUAGUCCUUAAAAGAAAUGUGUUGGGCUCGAUGAGCAAAGAAGCAAGACGGACGGAAAGGAAUUUUGCAUUACAAGUUUUAUUACAAGGAGUUGUGUUCAAUGCACAUAGUAUUUGGAUUUCGAAUGCAUUCCAAUGGUUGCCAGGGGAUUCGAAUGAAUGGAAAUUGUUUUUUACUUCUACGUUUUCGUCCAACUUGUUGAUGAUUUUUGAUCCAGCCGUCGUAAUAGUCUUCAAUCGAGAAUUCCGCCAAUGGCUCUUCACCUCCAGAUCUACCGUAUUCGUCGCAACAAUCAGUGCUUCUCAAAGGAGUCCAAAGUCCACUCCAAAAAAUACAACAAAUGCAAAUUCUAUCAUGGUUGUCAGCCCUUUUAAUGCUAAUUGA